UGUUGGGCGGAAGAACAUACACCAGUAACCUGCAGCUGCAGGACAUAUGUAUCUAAUAUGUUUAAAAAGAACAUAAAAUCAAAUACAAACUGAGCAAAUUUAAUCGCUUCCGAGAGCAAGAGAUGUCUGCAGGAUGUGUGAGGUGGUUUCUCAGCCACGCAGCGAGAUCUGUGUGCAGCAGCAGCAGGGUUGGUUAUUGGAUCCCUGCAUCAAGAACCACAAUAUGCAGUGAAAGACGCAUCAUCCCCGCUGCGUCAGUGAGACCGUUUCCUUUCUCCACAGAAGUUGAGGAUACAGAACAGACUCCUGCGCCGAAGAAAAAGACCCGGAAUGCCCAAGCUAGUGCCUCAGUCAGCAGCGUUGGCCGGAAGAUCCCUCACCGGGAGUUACAGGUGAUCAGCGAGAGCGGUGAGAACAUGGGCGUCAUGCAUCGAGCAGAUGUGAUCAGAAUCAUGGAUGAGAGAGGUGUUAAACUGGUGCUACUGAGUGAGCGCAAAGACCCUCCGGUGUACCGGCUGAUGAGCGGCAAGCAGAUCCACGAAGAGCAGCUGAAACUACGGGAGAAGAACAAAGCUAAAGCAGCUCCUGUACAGGUGAAGGAGCUCACCUUUUCAGCAGGCAUCGCGUCUCAUGACCGCAUCACCAAACUGAAACAGGUGGAGAGCUGGCUGGAGAAGAAACACCACGUCCGCGUCACGCUGCGGGCGGGACGUGGAGGAGCUGCUGUUAACCUGGAUGAAGCGCUGGAGCAAAUGGUGGAAGAAAUGGAUGUAAUGGUGGGCUUUAUCUCCAAGCCAAAGGUCAUAAGAGAGGGACAAGCGGCCAUGUGCAUCCUCCGACCGCCGUCGGCUAAGGAACUGUUGCAAAAAGAACGGAGCAAAGCAGCGGAGGAGUCGCAGUCGGCCAGCUCCACUUCUGAGGCCAAUCAGAGCAGCAUAGAAACAGUAGAAGGAUCCGCACAGCAGUGAUGACACAGAAAUAAGACGUUUUCAUACAAAAAACAUCUCUGCCUGAAUAUCGGUCCGGUGCAUCAGUCUCUUUGUAAGGAGCUCCCGUGCUCAGUUACUGUUGAUAUUUUUGGUUUAAGAGUCACUUUGAUUGCUGGUAAAAGAUUUAAGGUUGUGUUGGAGAAAGGAAAAAUCCUCAAAAGAGACGUAAAACAACCAUUAAGAAGUACAGAUUAGGAGCGCAACUAUGUGAAAAUAUACAAAAUAAUGGCACAUGCAGAUCAACUACAAAGAAACAAUUCCUAGAAAGAGACUUAAAACAUCCAAUAGUCAAACUAACUUACAUGAAUCUCAUUAAAUAUUCGUUUGAAUCAAGUUCACUUUAGUUGAAAUGAUGAAAUGUAACUUUGUGCUGGAUGAGGAUUUGCGUGUGUAUGGAAGGCGUCGUGCAGGAUGAAGAUGCAGAGAGGAAGUGCCCGUCAGUCCUCUGAGGGUUUGGUCUCUGCAGGAAGCAGAACUCUGGCGUUUCUGGUUUACCCUGCUGAUGAAGGUUAAACAUUCACAUAAACGUCCAAACUAUUUCAGCCUGAUUUUUGUCUGACGGGAUGAAGAUUAACGUCUUUAUUAAAAAGAUUUGAGGGACACGCCAAACCAAGCUCAGUGUGAAUCUUUCUCUUUUAUUUAAGAUAUUUUUUGGUAAAAAAUAAAAGCAAAUUUGGCAUACAGAUACAUUCACUUGUCACAGAUAAAUGUGUGUUCUUGACUAAAAUGUCACUUCCACACUUUAUCAACACUUCUCUUUAACAGCAGAGACACGUUCGCCCAACUUUUAGUUGUCUUUUGACCAGAUUCAUACUUUUUCUAUACAUACAAAAAGAACUUAGAACAUUAAAACCACCUUAAGGCCCCAAAAAUAAAAUCUUUCCUAGAUUGUUUUAUAUAUAAAGAGAACAGAAGCAGCUCAACUAGCAUGCAAGAGAACAUUUGUCAAUAAGCCUCGAGCACUUUGUAAGAGGAGAACGGUUUAACAAAAUGAUAGUCCAGGUUGCCGCAGUGCGGGCACUGCUGGACGUUGCUGUACUCGGAGAAAUACUGCAUCCCAACUCGGACGUCCACCACCGGCUUGCCGCAGUGCUUACAGUUGAGUCGGGCCUGAGGGGAGACAGGAGACACGUCAGCUACAGCUGCACACUCGUCCCCCAAUCCACAACAUUUGUGAUGAAAUGAUCUCAAUUCAGAGCACUCAAGGGCUUUAUCGCCUGGAAAACAAACAUACAGCACUACAUCUCAAUCUCAAUUAUUGCUUAAAGGUUGAGAUUUAUUGCACUCUCUCAAACUGUGAGUUUUAUUUUAAAAUUAAUUUUAAAAGUGUUUUAAUGUGUCGGAAAUACACAUUUGUGUUCUGUACAGGGUUUCUUUCAUCUGCACAAAAGUUGUGUUUGACUGUACCGGACCAGGCCCUGUGAAGGAUUGUUUCGGUUCAUGGUCAUGAAGUGUAACGUAAGACAAUCAUUUCCUAAUUGGUUCAAACUAAAGUUCUAAAGAAUAUAUUUUAUAGUUUACAUUAAAGGGGACAUAUUAAGAAAAGUGCUCAAAAGAAUAUAUUUGGCUGUCUGAAGUGAUUGCCAACCAAAAUAAAAAACUGAGGUAACAUCACUUUCUCUUUUUUUUUUGGGCCCAUCCAAUUUGAAAAUAUGUCGAUCAGUGGGAGGUUUAGAUCUGCAGGGUCAGUGUUACAUCACAGAUGUUUCUUGCAGCAUUUGCUGUAAAUUUGUAGUGGAAAGCACAGAGCUGUAACACAGAUUUGAAAAGAAGCGCUCUGCAGAAAAACGGGGGUGGAGUCGAGUUGCUGAACCCCCCCCCUAAAAACCAGCUGCUAUGAACAAACUUUAAAGCCACAAUCAAAAAUGGAGCUUUAGCACUUUAUCCCUUUUGUUUGUUUGUUUUUUUUACUAAAACAUGUCACAAAUAUAUCUUUUAGGACUCCACGUAAAUGUUUAAGAAAAGGGCAUGCAAUCCUCCCUUUAAUACUUAUAGGGCCUGAUUUACUAAAGGUUUGCGUGUGUAAAAACGUGUGCAAACUUGACAGCACCCGCAAACCAAAGUGCCAGCUGAUCUACUAACAGCGUGCAAAGACGACUGCGUCUCUGAAAUGCGCAAAAUAGCACACGCAAUCCAUUUAGUACUUUUGCCCUGAUGAAUAAUCAAUAUGGGGCGUACCCGGCAGAAAUCCUAAAUACUGGGAGGGGAAGAUGCAAAUUGCUCCAUUUACCACGCGCAAUGAGAUUUACCAAGCCUGAGAGUAAUUGCGCGUAUUGUGAUUGCGUCUGUAUUUAAUACGUUUGAAAGGAAGGUGCUAAUCUGCUGCUGCUGUUAUUGUAGCAAGGAGGCGACAUCCAAAAUCAAAGAAUACGCAGAGAGAGAGUCUUUAUUCUGCUGCAUGCUAUUUUAAAAAUGGUUGCACAAGUUUUAUUAAAGGCCACUUUUUCUUUAGUUCUCCGCCUUAUAUCUUGCCACCUUCUUUUAAUUCGCCCCCCUCCACUCGCCCACAAGCAGGCCAAGCCUUUGUGCCAAACUUUGUAUUUUAUUGAUUACUUAUCUUAUUGAACGUGAAAUCAUCCUUCGUAAAUUACAUUUAAUUAAAACCUGUGCUUAUUAAUCACAAAACACAGGUUAAACAUCAUGACCAAAUCCGCUCCGACCCGCUGUGUCAGGAUCAGCGCAGAGACUGCAGCUUCGCCUGAAUUAUGGUUCUACGUUAAAUCGACGGCCAUAUGAUGGUCCCGUCUGUCACACAUUUACUGUCAGUGUUUGCUAUAUAAUAUAUAAUAUUUGCAAUAU